GUCAUAUCGAGUUACUGCAAGAAGAAACAACAACAUCGGCCUUUUUCCCACAUAGUGAUGGAUUUACAUCAAGAGACUGUGUCUGCCUUAGAAGUUGCCAUGGAUGCUGCUUGGGGUCCACCUGCUAUGCCAGAACUGCAACCUAGGACAAUAAAUUGGACAGACACCAAUUCCGAAAACUUCGGAACUAUUCCGCGAAGAUGGAUGGGUUUAACCCGAAACCCGGACUCCUGUCUUCCCAAAAUAACCAAGGAGGCCAGUACCAGCAUGGAAGAUUUGUCGUUCAAUAGGCAAUUGUUUCACGUACCCGGUACUGUCGUUAGACCUAAAUCUAUGUAUGUAGCCGACAGUGAUAGACCAAAUAGUGAGAUAAAUGUUAUUAGUGAUAAUAUAUUUUUUAAUAAACAUUUAAGUGAACAAAAGUUUGAAAGUGAGACUGUUUCAAAAGGAUUAGCUAGUGGGACCACCAACAAUAAAGGCAUCAACACCAGAAGACUGAAAGUACGGAGGAACCCAGUUCAAAGAGCGGCCUCUCGUCUGUACAGGGUAAACAGUAAAACGCAUAUCGGUGACACGCCCAGAGAAUGUGUAGGUCCCGAGUUUGUGGUGAGAGCUUCGUUGCUCAGUAAGCAGCUGACAAUGCCCGAUGUUAAAACCAGUUCGGGAAGAACUCUAACUAUAAUUAUGUUAAACGGCCAAAAGCUGGAUGUGCUGUGCCAUCCGAGUUCGACCACAGCUGGACAAUUAUUUGAGUUGAUCAUCCAGAAGGAACACAUCGAAGAAAACUUUAUGUUCGGGUUAUCUGCUUUGAUUUCUGGAGAUUUCGUAUUUCUACCAUCCGACACACGUAUUUCCAAAAUUUUUCAAGAAGAAUUACAGCAGGGUACUCCUGUAACAUUAUUUAUGCGGGUGAGGUUUUUCCUGCCGACCCUUCGAGGAUUUCGCGGCAACGAAUCCCGACAUCUGUUGUAUUUGCAACUGCGGAGGUCGAUUAUAGAACACCAAUUACCUUGUUCGUUUAAGCAAAUUGUUGAACUUAAUGGAUUGGCGUUGCAGGCGGAAUUCGGCAACUAUAAUACUCGGGAACAUGGUCAAAGAGAUUAUUUUCUAUUGGAGCAUUACAUUCCUGAAUCUAUGUCUUCCGCUAUUGAAAAUACCGAAAAACUGAGACAUGAGCUGAUCCAAGCUCAUGUUUUAAAGCACGGAAUGGACGGUGACAAGGCAGAGGAGAGUUUUAUAUCGCUAGCUCAGUCACUACCGCAUUAUGGAGGACAUUUUUACACUGCAACAUGGAUUAUGAAAGACGGCAAUCAUAAAGACAUUUGGUUGUACAUAAGUGCUCAAGGAAUGAAUAUGUAUGAAAGAGGUAAGAACACGAGCCACUUCGGCCCACAGUUAUAUGAGAAAUUUGAGUGGAGGAAUAUUCAAACGCUAUGCUAUAGCAAACAAUAUCUUUGCAUCUUACCACACAGCAACUAUGAAUCUGUAUCAAAGCUAAAGAAGUAUAAGUUGAAGAUGGAUCAAAAGAAAAGUUACUUUACGUUUCGCCUGGCCUCCCUCCAUCAUCAAUUUUUUCUUCGAUUUCGAACGGACUACAUAUCACCCCAUACCUUAUCUCAGCAAUUCGGCGUGCCUCUUAAAGACAUGAAAAAUGAGGCGAAUUCAAUGUACAAACUGGACUCUAUAAUGAACUCAAAUUUAAAUCAAAACAAGAAUGGUUGUGUUAACGCUGAUACUGAGUUUAAAAUUGAAUUCAAGUCAUCGCCGAGGUUGAAACGAUAUUUACAAGACGAAAAUAGAUUAAAAAAAGCGAAAAGUAUUGGAGAUUUUAACGAAACCAUCAACGAAAAUGAUCAAAACAAAGAAAACGAAAACAAUGGUUUCGGUUUGGUUCUUGAAAGCAAACAUCUGUCUGGAUUGGCAGUCAGUUCAACUGACAAGAGAAGAGGAGUUAAAAUGGGCACGCGAGCGUUUGUGAACAACUGCAAAUCUGGCUUAUCCAGAUCAAUGGAAGCUGUGAAUGCUAUUAGUAACGAGUACCUAGAAGAGAUGUCGCUGCAGUCGGUAUCAUUGCAUUGCAGUUCUACUUCAGCUUCAAGGCCUACUACAGGAAAAUGCACCCCUAAUGAAAUUUUUGUUUUAGAUUCUACACUAAAACAGACUAGUCAGCUGUUUUUGCCCAAUUUCCACGAGACUAUCAGCGAAUCUCUGCAAGAGAAACUUAACAACUUUUCCUUUGUUGAAGAAAGAAUACUGUUCAACGUUUCUUUACAGAGAGAAAACGGCAGCUUUGGUCUUCAAAUCACUGAAGGUUCAGACGGAAAUGUUUACAUACAGUCGGUGAUAGAAGGAGGUCCAGCGCAUCUUAAAGCGAAUGUACAACGAGGUGACCAGAUCAUUGCUGUCAAUAAAAAGUCGUUGUUAGGUUUGAAGUACAACGAAGCUUUAGAUAUUUUGAAAAGUGCCGGACAGGAAAUACAGUUUGUGCUUGCUAGAAGUUCACACAAUUUGACAAAAACUAAGUCGGUUUCAAGCAUUCUGUCAAAGAAUGAAUUACAAUUAGGGCAUAGUUAUCUAUGUGAUAGCCCAGUGGAGAAACACGUUACAGAGAGUUGUAGGGAUAUAUCAAACGUCAGUAAGUAUGGAAGGCUAUCAAGCCAAACUGAAGUGCCGUAUCACAAGCAUAUUCGUUAUAAGAUUGAACCCGAAACCGAUAGUUUCAUGUCCAACAAGGAUUUUCCACAAAAGCCCAGUCUAAGUCGAUCUUUAUCAAAAUCUUGUACCAAUCUAUAUUCCUCGGAUAACGAUAAAGCUGUAGUCGUCGAGAUGAUUCCCAAAGAGCAUAUUGAUCUGUCCAAUAUUAAUUCUUUGGAUAGAAAAACCUUAAGGGAAGAUAUGACCAAAGUACCAAUAGCCCUUCCGCGAAGUUUGGGCGUUAGUAGACGAUGGAGAGGCCCCGUUAAGUAUCCGGUUACACCAAUAAAAAAACUGUCGCAGUUAAACGACAGUACGUACUUGUCAACUUCGGAUGAAGAGCAAGUUUUCAUAUAA